AUAAACAAAAGGUAAAAUUGCCCUGGCGGAUAUUAUGAUGGGUUUUGAUGAAAGAGCAGCCCAAACCCCAUCUACGGCUUUAGAUGAUGUUACUCAUAAUAUAUGUUGAUAAUAGCUCUGUUUAUCAAUAAUCAUUUAACUUUUUGGACAGGCAAAAACUGAAGAAAGUUGUCUUCAAAGACCUUGUGAUCUCUGCCUUGGCAUAGGAGAAUCAGUAAAUGCCAUGCUGGUUUGUAAACAAGAGCAGAUUUACCUUUGUAAUCCUUGUGGAAAGCGUCAUCAAAUUCAGCGUUCAACCAAGUCACAUGUUGUCAUUGAAAUUAAAGAAUAUGAAGAGAACAAGUUAUUUUGCGAAAUUUGUGAGAGUCAAAAUGAAAAGGUACCUGCCUAUGGAUUCUGUGAAACAUGCAAGGACCCAGAAUAUAUGUGCCAACCUUGCUCAAGAAGACAUACAGCAUAUAAGAUGUUUAAGAAUCAUUCCAUCUGUACCAACCUGGAUGAAAUGAAUUUAAUGGAAACAAAAUAUGCAGAGGACACAAUGAGUGACAUAGAUAGAGAUACAAAAAUAUUCAAAUGUAGCCUAUGCACAAAUUUAGGAGAAAAUCGAAUUGCAUCCUGUUUCUGUACAUCUUGCGAGACACCGGAACCAUUGUGUGAUGUUUGCGGUCGACAUCACAUUCGACAGAGAAAUAUGCGCGACCAUUCACUGUCACAUGACAUGGAAGCUUAUAACUCUUUUCUAGAAAGUAAUACAAUCAACUGCGAGCUGUGUCUGAUUGAUGGUGAUCGCAGAUCUGCUAGUUCCUUCUGUCUCACAUGCGAGGAACCAGAGGCACUUUGUGGCGCAUGUGCAUCUCAACAUAUUAAACAGCGAACAUUCAGAAAUCACCAGAUCAGCAAUGAUAUAAGGGGAUUACUAAAAAAGGAGAAACUCUUGUGCGAGCCAUGUACUAUUGAAGGAGAAAGAACUCCAGCUGAUUCAUUUUGUAAAGACUGUGAUGAACCAGAACCUUUAUGCAAUGAUUGCGCGCGUCAACAUGUCAAACAACGACAAUUUAGAGACCAUACAAUUUGUGACGAUAUAAGUCAAAUUCCGCUAAAAGUAAAUGAGAAAUCCAGUGUUUUAUGCAUUGUGUGUAAGGAAGAAGGCACGAAUACGGAAGCUACUUGCUUUUGCAAAGAUUGCAAUGACAAAGAACCUUUGUGCCCAGAUUGUGCUAGACAGCAUACGCGACAGAGUUUCCGAGGACAUAAUUUGUGUACAGAUCUUUCACUUUUAAGAAAACUAGGAAAGGAAAUGGUUGUUUGCUAUACUUGCAAAUUAGAUAGAAAGGAUGUACCUGCUGAUGCAUAUUGCAGGGAUUGUUCAGAUCCCCAACCAUUGUGUAACAGUUGUGCCGGUCAUCACGUUAAACAAAAACUAUUUCGAAAUCAUAACAUCGACAGGAAUAUUUCUUCUUUCAUUAAUUUUAUCAAUCCAGAUGAUGCAGAAUGCGAUAUUUGUAAGAUCGAUGGAAAACGAUCAAAAACUUCAAAAUAUUGCAAUAAUUGUGAUGAGCAUCUGUGUAAAGAAUGCGUAGAAACACAUCUUAAAUUCAGUCCUAAGCAUGAAAUCACUGAUAAUGUAAGCAACCGCUUCCUUUGCGAACCUUGUGAAAGGAGAAAUAGAAAUGUAUCAGCGGAUUCUUUUUGCGAAAAUUGCGAGGAACCUAUGUGCACAACCUGUUCAGAACAGCAUGUGAAACAGAAACCAUCUAGAGACCAUGUUAUUUCCUCGAAUAUGCUGAAAUAUUUCAAACCAAAAUGGGAAAAAAGAAAUAUUGAAGAAAAACCAGCGGAAACACUUCAUACUACAGAUACUCCAAUGAAAAGCAAAGAGGAAGACAUGAUUGAAACAAAGAAAAGGAUACGUGGUAAACCUAAUGUUUUAAAUAUAAAGUCUGAUUUAGUUGAGUUGUAUUGGGAAACUUUAGAAGAGGAAAUAGAUUAUUAUCAAAUAAGGUUUAAAAGCCUAAAAGGUAACGACAAAUGGAAAUUUUGCAAUACGAACGACAAAACUAACAGAUUCUCAGUAAGUGGACUUAUGGCUGAUACCCCCUACGUAUUCCAAGUCCGUAGUGUUGCCAACGACAUAGAAGGAAAUUACAGUGAACUUAGUGAACCCAUACAGACAACCAAAUCCUUAACAACUAAGAUGCUAAAUUUCUCUACAAAAAUUCCUAAUACAGAUCCAAUGAAGUAUCAAUUAGCAGCUGACGAAAAUAGAGAGGCCCGCAAUUCCUAUGCAAAGACAAGACAAUUAACUUUAGGAAACCCUGCAAUAGGAACUGAAUUUGAGAAAACCAUGAUGCUUGUCGGUGAGACAGGCUCAGGAAAAAGCACAUUGGUGGAUGGCAUUAUCAAUUAUAUAUUGGGUGUCAGUUUUGAGGACCCUUUUCGAUUCACGCUGGUUAACCUAGAGCAAGACGAAAAGAAGACUGAAAACCAGGCGGAAUCUCAAACAGAGUGGAUCACCGUAUACAAAAUUGCUCCACAAGAAGGAAGCCGACUGGACUACACCCUUAAUGUUAUAGACACACCAGGAUUUGGAGAUAUCCGCGGAAUCCAGAGAGACGGGGCCAUCCUUGAUCAAAUAAGACAUUUAUUUUCAACUGAAGGCAAACAAGGUGUAGCAUUUAUAGAUGCUGUUUGUUUUAUUGUCAAAGCCCCCAACGCACGUCUUACAGUUGCUCAGAAGUAUUUUUUUAAUUCAAUCUUGUCCCUUUUUGGAAAAGAUAUUGAAUCAAACAUUUGUACUCUGAUCACUUUCGCUGAUGGCGCAGAACCCCUCGUUCUCUCUUGUCUAAAAGCAGCCAAUCUUCCUUUUGGGUUUUGUUUUCCUUUUAAUAAUUCUGCUUUAUUUGCAAGUAAUAGGAAUUUGCAGAACACCUCUCUUUCCCCUUUGUUUUGGGACAUGUGUUGUAAAAGCUUUCAAAAUUUCUUUGAAAAAAUGAAAUCAUUUAAAACAAAGAGCCUUAUGCAAACCAAAGACAUGCUGAAACAAAGAGAGCAUUUAAAGUUGGUUUUAACAAAUAUCCAACCCCAAGUAAAUGCAGAUCUAAUGAAACUUAAUGAAUUACAAAAUACAUUAACGCUUUUCAAAAAGCAUCAGAAUGAUAUCGAAAGUAACAAGGAUUUCACGUAUGAAGCAGAAAUCACAAAACAAGUCAAACUUGAACUCCCUGUAGGGCAACAUGUCACCAAUUGUCUCAUUUGCAACAUUUCUUGUCAUGAGAACUGUGAAUUUGCCGAUGAAGACCAAAAAUGCCGUUGCUCUGCAAUGGAUUCAGAGGGUAAUUGCAAGGUCUGUACCGGCAAGUGCCACUGGAAACAACACAAAAACGGGAAAUAUAUUUUUAAAUAUGUCACCGAGAAAAAAGUGGAAACUUAUCAGGAAAAGAAAAAACUUUACGAAAAGGCAAAAGGGGAAAAAAUGACACAUGAAAAAUAUCUAGAAGAAAUUGAGACUGACAUAUAUUGCCUUUUUGAUACGAUAAGUUCAAUGAUGGACGAAAUGGCGAUGUGCAAAAAUAGGUUAAAAGAUAUAGCUUUGAGACCUGAUCCUCUUUCAACUGUUGAACACAUCGAUCAAAUGAUACAAGCAGAAGAAAUCAAUAAGCAAGUAGGCUAUGAAAAAAGAAUAAAGAUGCUUUAUGAAAUCAAACAAUUUGCUCAAAUUGAUGAUGUCGAAAACCUUGGGCAGAAUAUGCAGAAAGCUAAAGAUGAUUUAUCGAAAACAACAGGUAGGAAAAUGGAAAAAAAAAACAUUGUUGAGAUAUGGAAUUGAGAGGGUUAAAUCCAUGUUUAGUUUUUAACAGUUCUUCUUAUGAACCCAUAAAAACAGGGAAAAAAUACACGUACCUUUUGUGCG